AAUGAUGGGAAGUGGAAUCCCGUUCCUCAGUUUUCUUUAGACCAGCAUCAUCGUUGAACGUUCACGAUGACCACUCUACCGACCAAGAUGCUUCUUCUUGAAAUUCUUUUAUUACUCAUCGUGGUCCAGGAAAACUUUGCUCAAUACCUUCCUCCAACACCGACAGUAGAACCUCUUUAUCCGAAAGGAUUGCGAAUGUCCAUUCCACAUGAGGAUGGCAUCUCCUUGGUCGCCUAUCAUGUGAAAUUUAACGAAGAUUUCAAUGGCCUCGAGGCAGGAACUAUUGCCAGAGAUAUCGUAAAAGCUCGCAAUGGUCGAUGGACUUACGAGGAUCGAACCACAAGGUUGAAGCGAGGCCAAACAAUUUAUUACUGGAUCCAUGUAGUUUACGAUGGCCUCGGUUACAACUUGGUGGAUCAACAGCACGAAGUAAACGAGUUCUACAAUUAUGAUGGAACGCCAGUAAGUGCACCCACUGGAGGCAGCAUCGUUUGCGCGAGACCAUCUGAGACAAGGACGUUCGAAACCGACCGCAAUACUCCACAAACAAAUCGACAAAAUAUCUGUCCAGGACAAUUAUUAUUCGAAGAUAAUUUUGAUACACUUGAUUCUAGCCGCUGGAGGACCAUCGAACGUUUCUCCAACGCACCAAACUACGAGUUUGUAGUUUACAAGAACGAUAGGAACAAUGUAGAUGUCUGGGACGGCGUUUUACAUAUUAGACCCACCCUCACUAAUGUCGUGUUUGGAAGAGAUUUCAUUCGCGAGGGUACUUUGACGCUAGAGAAAUGCACCAGCGAGAUUGGUACUGCAAAUUGCAAACAAGUAGGACGCGCACCGUUCAUUCUACCGCCUGUAAUAGCAGGACGUAUAAACAGCAAACCAUCUUUCCUCUUUUUGUAUGGACACGUCCAAAUUCGAGCUAAAUUACCGCGUGGCGAUUGGUUGUAUCCUUUGAUAACGCUAGAAAGUACCGAGGGGAAUACAGAUGAUUCGAAAGCGUAUUGUGAGAUCAUAAUAGCUCACUCAGUUGGUAAUCCUUCGCUCCAAUCGAAAGACGGAAAAGAUUUCAGUGGACACCUUCUUCAGGCUGGCGGAUACGCGGUCUCAAAGGAUAACCAAAAUAAGCAGAACAAUCGGUUGAAUCUUCUUAGUAAAAAUUCAAGUUCGUUAUGGUCGGACAGUUAUCACGUAUUCGACUUGAUAUGGAAACCUGGCCAAGUAGUGGUCAAGGUUGACAAUGAACAAUAUGGCGAGCAACAAUUGCCACCUCUAUAUGAUACACCGCUUUAUCUGAACUUCGGCGUAGCGGUCGGAGGUCACGUUGUCUUCCCUAACACUUGCACGAGUGGUCUUUACGAGAAGCCUUGGAAGAAUCUAUCACCGAAGGCACUGAAUGACUUUUAUCAAGCGGAGAGCAACUGGCUGGAGACAUGGCAUAACAGUGAUACUGGUCUCCACAUCGACUACGUUAAAGUGUGGGCAAUCUAAGAACAGCAUAGUCUUCAAGAACAAUUAUUAAUACUCUAAACGCGUUUAAAUUCUAUCACUCGUUUUCCAUCCGUUUUGUGAUAUCGC